CGAGAUAAUUCUUGAACGUGCGAUAACCGCGCAACUUAAAAGAUCAUCAUCUCUUAUUUUAGCGGUCGGUAUAUUAGUUACGUACUGAACAUUAGUCUAAUUAAAAUUGAUUACGCCGCGUUGUCGUACUUGAAUUCGAAACAAAACAGUCGCCUUCUAGAGCUUAACACAUUGCGACGUUUUACUUUUUUGUUUCUGAAAAAUUUAUUAAAAAAAAAAAAACAAUAAUAUUAAAUUAUGAGGUCAGCAAUUUUGAUUGGAUGCCUUCUUUGGGCUGUGGUAUGUGUCCACACUCUCACUCGAGAGGAAAAUUCGGUUUCUGUUCAAAAACGUGCUGCUUCCCCACAAAUUUAUCAAGGUCCACAAAGUAACAAUUGGAAUCAAACUCAACAAUUCCAAUGGGUUAAGGUCAAUGGUCAAUGGGUACGGAGAGACGGUACUAAUAAGCUUCCUGGAUACUCCCAACCAAAUGUACCAUACAACCAAACUGGUGGUCAAUGGAAUGCUAGUCGUGGAGGUUCAUCAGCUCCCGCAGUUCAGCCCCAACAGCCAUCAGGACCAGGGCACGUUUCCCCACAACGUCAGAACUCAACAACCUCCCAAGGUUCAAUCGGGUGGAAUCCUAGUGCUGAUCGGGCUCUAACUCAAGACGUCUUCAAAACAACAACUACAACAACGACCACAACUACAACCACCCGGGCACCCCAAACUCCACCACCAGCCCAUAGACCCCAAGGACCAACCCCAACUCCAGUCCGAGCACCUUUUGGUUCGGGAAUGGGUGGACAACAAAAACCACAAAAUGGCCGCUUUAACCCUGACGCCAGUUUAACAUACGGAGGGCUACCACCGCAAACAAACCCCAACGCAAACAAAGCCAAUGUGAAGCCCACUCCAACAGGCCCACCUGGUUCAAAUCCAUGGGGUAACCUCUUCCAUUAAAAAACAAAAUUUUCUUAUGUGAAGUUAAACAAAUUGACAAAAAAUAAACAUUCCACUAAAUAAAUAAUAAUUUUUAAUCAAACAAAAAUAA